GGGAUUGGGAAGAAGUAACUGUUAAGGCAAGGCAUCAUUAGAAUACAACCUGUUGUUGUUAGAGUAAUCACAUCCCUAUACUAUAAAAGCCAUGCUCCUCAAAUACAAUGCAGUGCAGUUUGUUUAUCCCUCAUUACUACUUGAAAGUGACUAGUGAAUCUAGCUUAAGAUGGCAUUACAUUCAGCAAUCAAGUUUUCAGUUUUUGCCUUGGUAUUGCUAAUACUGGCAACAGAUUCUGAUGCUGGAGGAAUAGCAAUUUACUGGGGUCAGAAUGGAAAUGAGGGCACCCUAGCAGAGACUUGUGCAACCGGAAAUUAUGAAUAUGUAAAUCUAGCUUUCCUGUCAACUUUCGGAAAUGGUCAGACUCCCAUGAUUAAUCUUGCUGGCCAUUGUGAUCCAUACAGCAAUGGUUGUACCGGCUUAAGUUCUGAAAUAAAAUCAUGUCAAGCAAAAGGUGUCAAGGUCAUGCUUUCUAUUGGAGGAGCUGCUGGUAGCUACUACCUUGCCUCCUCAGAGGAUGCGAGGCAAGUCGCAGUUUAUCUGUGGAACAAUUUCUUGGGGGGCAACACUUCAUCCCGCCCCCUGGGGCCUGCUGUUCUAGAUGGAGUUGACUUUGACAUUGAAGGAGGAACAAACCUCUACUGGGAUGAUCUUGCAAGGUACCUGUCGGCAUAUAGCAAGAAAGGUAAAAGGGUGCACCUAACAGCAGCUCCGCAGUGCCCAUUCCCUGAUGCUUGGGUGGGAAAUGCCCUCAAAACCGGUCUUUUCGAUUAUGUUUGGGUCCAAUUCUACAACAACCCUCCCUGUCAAUAUGCUUCUGGUGAGGUCACCAAUCUUGAGGACGCAUGGAAACAAUGGACUUCAGCCAUUCCAGCCAGCAAGAUUUUCUUGGGCUUGCCUGCAUCUCCCGAGGCAGCAGGCAGUGGCUUCAUUCCUGUCCCUGAUCUCACAUCAAACGUGCUUCCAUCCAUUAAGGACUCUUCCAGGUAUGGAGGCGUGAUGCUGUGGUCCAAGUACUACGAUGAUCAAAGUGGAUACAGUUCUUCGAUUAAAAAUGAUGUCUGAUCUCAAAUUUCUGUCAAUUCUGCGUGGCCGUUUUGUGUGAUGGGUGUAAGUUGUAUUUCCAUAUAUGCUGAUCUAUCUUCUACAUAUGUAUCUAGUUUCUUUGAA